AUGGUAAUUAUUCUGGGAGUUGCUCUAAUUGGAUAUUUUGGGGUACUUGGGGAGGGUAACAUGUUCUCUAAACAGAAGGUUUUGGAAGUUGAAAGAAAAUUAAGCCAACUUAGAAAACCUGCAGUUAAAAGCAUUCAGAGUGAAGAUGGUGAUAUCAUUGAUUGCAUUGACAUUUACAAGCAGCCAGCUCUUGAUCAUCCUGCUCUCAAAAACCACACCAUCCAGAUGGCACCUAGUUAUGAUCCAACAAAGGAGACAGAGUCGACAAUGACCAAAUUAGAAAGAUUAGAGAGGAAGAGGAACCAACAAGCUUCCAUGAUGGUGACACAACCAUGGAAGAAAAAUGGAAGCUGUCCACAAGGAACAAUCCCGGUGCGAAGAAUCAGAAAAGAGGACCUGCUCCGAGCUAGCUCGGUUGAGGCCUAUGGAAGGAAGAAACAUAGCUCUUCUCGUCCUCAUGUUUCGCAUGAGUCUAGUACUAGUGACAGCAACAGAACUGUGAACGUUCUACAAGCAAAUCACUCGAAGGCAAUAUUGCUCACCGAAGGAUACAGGUACAAUGGAGCCAAAGGAGAUAUCAAAGUUUGGACUCCUAAUGUUGAUUUUGACGAUGAUUACACUACUUCUAAAGUUUGCCUCAUCAAUGGUCCUUAUUGGGCAUUUGAGAGUGUUGAAUCUGGAUGGGCGGUGAAUCCGAGUGUGUACGGAGACAGGCAAACUCGAUUUAUGGUGUAUUGGACGGUCGAUGGUUCAAAGAAAACAGGUUGCUUUGAUCUCACUUGUCCUGGAUUUGUUCAAACUAGCCAUGAGAUUGCUCUCGGUGCUGCAAUUUACCCAAUCUCUGUUCCUUAUGGCCUUCCGUACGAAAUCAUCGUCUAUGUCUUCAAGGACCCCGUAACAAGCAAUUGGUGGGUGCAAUACGGGGAGAAAAUCAACAUCGGAUACUGGCCACCGGAGCUGUUUAUGGCGUUGCGUGUCCACGCAGAAGCAGUUGAGUGGGGAGGUGAAGUGUAUAGUGCAAGAGUGGGUACUAAUCCACACACAAAAACAGGAAUGGGUAAUGGAAACUUUCCUGAUGGCAUUUUUGGGGAUUCAGGGGUCAUUAAAAGAAUCAGAAUUCAUGACAAUUCAGCUGAACUCAAAUUCCCGGAAUGGGUUGAGACUUAUGCGGACGAGUUCAACUGUUAUGAUGUUGAUUAUGUUUCCGAUUACCUUGAAGAUCCUGAGUUCUAUUAUGGAGGGCCUGGCCAUAAUCCCAAGUGCCCUUAA